AUGGGGUUCUGGUACAUUGUGUUACUUUCCGUGACCGUUGGUGUAGUGGCGAACGAACCUCUCCCAUUGGAAGAAAUCAAAUCUACAGCUGAAUUACGUGUUUUAGAACGAGUAGAACUUUUAUUACAAACGUUGGUUGAUAAAGUGAAAGUGUUAGACGAUCGGGUGGACAGCUUAUUACUUGCACAAAAUGUAACGAACGAAAUGUUUAAAUACACAAACAAAUCAUUGGAAAAAAUGUCGGAACAACUGAACAGCUUGUCAUCGUCAACUACAGAACGGGCCGUAAACCCAGAGCACAAGCUGGAACGACUUCCAGAAGACACGAGAAUGAAUUUCAUUAAACCGGAUCCAUCCCAGGACAUAUCGUUCGAAGUAUCACGCGACUGGACGAAUAACUUCGGAUUCGGUAGCAAUUGGAUCAUUUUCCAGCGACGGUUUAACGGUUCGGUCAAUUUCUAUCGCAACUGGACCGAGUACAAGCAAGGGUUCGGUGAUCUACGCGGCGAGCACUGGUUGGGGUUGGAAAAGCUGCACGCGAUCGUGAAAACCCGUCAACACGAGCUGCUCAUCGUGUUGGAAGACUUCGACGAUGUGUUAACGUAUGCCCAUUACGAUGACUUCAAGAUCGGUGAUGAAAGUGAGAAAUACAAAAUAAAUUCACUGGGUCAAUACACCGGUACGGCCGGUGACUCGUUUUCCUAUCACAAGGAUGAAGUUUUUUCAACAUACGAUCAGGAUAAUGAUCAAUUUUCUGCUAACUGUGCUAAGGAAUGGAAUGGCGCAUGGUGGUUUUAUAUGUGUUAUAAAAGUCAUUUAAAUGGGAAAUAUUUGAAUAAGGCAAACAGGUGUGAAGCUGGUAUCAUUUGGGAUACAUUUCGAGGAAUGGAUUAUUCCCUGAAGAGCACCAAAAUGAUGGUUCGACCGUUGGUGCGUGACGAUUAA